UCAGCCCUCACCUCCCGCUUCAGAAACAUGGCGGUGUUUUGGAAAGUAUCGUAAGUAUAUUUUCUGAAGGGACAGUAAAGAAAUAUUUUAGCUGAUUUUUAUCCUCUACAGCUGUUAGAGAUAUCGCAUAAUUGUGCCACAACCUGAACUGGAUUAAAUCCUCUAUCUCUUUUUGCACUCAGUUAUAGGAAUAAUUUGUAAAGCCAAACGACUCGAACCGUUUACUUGGGGAUUUUUUUUGACCUCACUUAAGUCCGCCAUUAAUAUCCAGCUGAUCUGAAGUAACGUCCACAUCGCAAUGCCCGAGGGUCCUGAGCUGCACCUGGCCAGUGUGUUCGUGAACACAGCAUGUGCAGGGGUGAUUUUCUCCGGCUCUGUGGAGAAGUCUGAGGUGAGUAAAGGAGCCGAGGUUCACUUUAAUAGCGAGGCUUACCAAAUCAGAGCCACGUCCAGAGGGAAAGAAGUUCGACUCACACUCACUCCCAUCAAAACUGACCAACGGAAGGACAGCAAAUCAGGACUGAACCAGGCGCCCAUGGAUGUGGUCUUCCGGUUUGGGAUGUCUGGCAAUUUCACCUUCACUACGAAAUCAGAUCUCCCAAAACAUGCCCAUCUGCGAUUUUACACCAAGGAGGAUCCUCAGAGAGUGCUGAGCUUCGUCGAUGUCCGCAGGUUUGGCAGCUGGCAGCCUGAUGGACACUGGCAGAAAGACCGAGGCCCCUGUGUUAUGUUGGAGUACAAGAGCUUCAGGGAGAAUGUUUUGUCCAAUUUGUCAGACAAGGCGUUCGACAGGCCGGUGUGUGAGGCUCUUCUAAAUCAGAAGUACUUCAACGGGAUCGGUAACUACCUUCGAGCAGAGAUUCUGUACAGAUUAAAGAUUCCUCCCUUUGUGAAAGCAAGGACUGUGUUGGAGGAACUCAAACCACAAUAUGAAGAGACAAUGAACAUUAAAGAGGAGCCUGGCACAGACGUGGAAGAGAAAGCUGGUGUGGAUGAGAAGAAAACUGAGAGUCAAGAUCUCCUCUCUCUCUGUCACACUGUACCACUGGAAGUGGUUAAUCUGGGUGGAAAAGGUUAUGACCCACAGAAGAGAGAUUACACAGAAUUGAUGUCCUGGAUGCAGUGUUACAGCGUUGAUGGGAUGAAUUCACUAAGAGACCACAAUGGAAGAACUAUAUGGUUUAAGGAUGUUCCUGGUCCAAUGGCCCCUAAAGGGUUCAAAUCUUCCAAGGCAAAGAGAAAAAUAAAGAAAGAUGUCUAUACAGACACAGGAAAGGAAAAGCUUGUAAAGAAGGAAGCAGGGGCUGGAAAAAGGGUGAAGGAUGUGGCUAAGAAACAGAGUGGCGCCAGACGACAGAAUGCCAGCAAGACUGGAGCAGGAGCGGAAGCUGACAGAAAAAGACCAAACACGCGCAGUUCAACGGGGCUACGACAAACCAAAGCUGAGAGUACAACAAGACAAAAAGCUAACACUAAAGCUAAGGCCACCAGCAAACCUCGUAGGAAGAGCAGCAGAACUGCUUAGGAGCGGCUUCUUUAAUAUAAAAUAAUAAAUAAACAUGUAAUAAACUGCUGGAUCAACAGGCAGCUGUCUAGCAGUUUCUCAGGGGUCCAACCUUCUGACCGGUAUUUUAAAGUCUUAACCACUGAGCUAUCACUUUCUUUAUGUGACAGAACACUUGUUUAGUAGAUGUACUGUAUUUUUAUUAUAUAAACCCUUAUAUUCAAAAUCUU